GUUAGGCCUUGUAUAUUAUCUGCCCAGAAAUAUGGGGACUGAACUUUUGAAAGACUGUAUUGAAGAGUAUCUCCUAAAAUGGAGGCAGCACGGUAUAGUCCCAGCUUUAACCCUUCAUUAUUGUGCAUAACAGAGUCUUGGAGUAGAGCUGUUGCUAAAGUUGUGUUGAUCCUCCUUGGCUUCUUUCUCUUGGGAGCUGCUGUGGCUUUCUUCUUUAGUGGUGCCUUUAUGAUCCUUACCUACAAAAGCUACAGAGUCUUCUUUCAGAAUAGAUUCUUCCUUCUGCCUGGCUGGCUAGCUAUCAUGGCUGCUCUUUUGCUAGUCCCUACUAGUGCUUUGGCCAUGUGUGCCCCAGUUAGGAACUCUCGUCCUCACCAGGGAACUUUGAUGUACUUGCUGUUGGUCCUUCUCUGCUUGGAAGCCUCUUCAGCCAUCAUGACCCAGAUCUACUCUGUCAAAGUGGGCUAUCAACUGGAAAACAACAUGGACCAUUUUUUUCACCGAUACAACAGGACUGCUCCAAAUCACUAUAGCAAUGAGGCAGUAGAUACAAUCCAUAAGCAGCUGAAGUGUUGCGGGAUUUACAAUUACACCGACUGGAUAGUGGCACUCCCAACCCAUCUCCAAAUGGGGCAUUUCUUUGCCCCCAAAAGUUGUUGCGAAGAGGCUUAUUUGGGUUGCAAUGGGAAUAUAAGCCAGCUGGAGAUGCUCUUUCAGGAGGGCUGCCUCAAGAAACUGGAAGAGAGAUUGCAUUUGGUCAUGCAAUGUGUGGCCUGGUGUUGCACAGUAGUAGGCUGCCUGGAGAUGCUAGUCGCUGUUAGCAAUGGCAUCCUUAUGAGGGAACAGCCAUUCCAAGACUUCCGCAUUCUUGAUUCGGCUGCUUUCUCAUAACCCGCAAAACUAACUAUUGUGUUCUGAUGCUUUCAAUAUUCCCUGAGGCUAUUGGGCACUGCUCUUAAAGCUGAGGUGGCUGUCUUAAAACCAUGGAAAAUCUGUUGCCAGACCCUUUGGUCUAUCUGUCUGUUUCUUUUUUAAAAAAUACUAAGACUAAAUAAAUAGAUGCAUCUCAAAAA